AUGAUCCAGACGAUCCAGAAAGAGGUGGAGGUGCCACAGGUCGUCUUUGAGGAGGAGGUCGUGCAGGUCCCUAUCCAGAAGCAGGUGCACGUCCCAGUGGUGCAGAAGGUCCAGAAGACUGUCGAGGUUCCUCAGGUCCAGUACGAGGACCAAGUGGUGCAGGUACCCAUCCAGACGCAGGCCUGCCUUUCUUGCAGGGGCUUAGGACAUCACACGUAG